GCAGACGAGGUGGCGCAUGCUCCUCAGCGCGGCGGGCGGGAGUCCGGCGCGCCCUCCAUCCCCGCCGGCGUCGGCGACGAGUGGCUCGGUGAACCCGGAUACUAAUAAAGUUCGCUAGGGACUCAUAAUCGUUCUGAAAGAGCGGAGCGAAUGCGAGGCGUCCGCGGGAAGGAGCCGGGCUCGGUGCUGCGGGUUGUGCGUUCCGGGCUCGGUGCUGCGGGUUGUGCGUUCCGGGUUGCGGGCUCCGUACUGAGGGUUCCGGGCUGCGGGCUGAGGGUGAAGAAUUAUUUAGAUAGAGAAAAGGAAAUCAACUUCCCAAAACUGAGCCAGUGUGAAACAUAAGCUGCAUGAACACCAUCGGGUCUUGAUUUGAAGGAGACGGUCUGAUCUCCUGGAGUUAGAGCUGGUGCAGAAACCGUUCCUGUUUCAAAAAUGUUGGAGGAAGAUAUGGAAGUGGCCAUCAAGAUGGUGGUGGUGGGGAACGGGGCGGUGGGAAAGUCAAGCAUGAUCCAGCGCUACUGCAAAGGCAUUUUCACCAAAGACUACAAGAAAACCAUCGGUGUUGACUUUUUGGAGCGGCAGAUUCAAGUUAAUGACGAAGACGUGAGGCUGAUGUUAUGGGACACUGCAGGUCAAGAGGAAUUUGAUGCAAUCACAAAGGCCUACUAUCGAGGAGCCCAGGCUUGUGUGCUAGUGUUUUCUACCACAGACAGGGAAUCUUUUGAAGCAAUUUCCAGCUGGAGAGAAAAAGUAGUAGCGGAAGUUGGAGAUAUACCAACCGCGCUUGUACAGAACAAGAUCGAUCUGCUGGAUGAUUCGUGUAUCAAAAAUGAGGAAGCCGAGGGACUGGCCAAAAGGCUAAAGCUGAGAUUCUACAGGACGUCGGUGAAGGAGGAUCUGAACGUGAAUGAAGUUUUUAAAUAUUUGGCUGAGAAACACCUACAAAAACUCAAACAACAAAUAACCGAAGAUCCAGAACAGACACAUUCAAGUAGUAACAAAAUUGGUGUCUUUAACGCAUCCGUUGGAAGUCACUUGGGCCAGAAUUCAAAUUCCCUUAAUGGUGGAGAUGUCAUCAACCUUAGACCUAACAAACAAAGGACCAAGAAAACCAGAAAUCCUUUCAGCAGCUGUAGUAUACCCUAAACUGUUUUAGGGAGGAUAAAGCUGAAUUGCACCGUGCAGUUAACAACGCAAUGUGUGCGGGGUGUGUCCCUCCCGGGUGUGUCGGCGGGCCUCGCACCUUGCUCUGAAAGCUGACAUUGUAAUGUUGCUCUGCCGCGCUUCUCAGAAUGUAGAUGGAGCCUCUGCUGGAAACUUACUGCCCUGUGGACUCACCCUAGUUCUUACCUUAGACGAAGCUUCUCCUGUUUUUGAAGGGACACCAGAGGAAAUGUCAAAAACAGGUUUUGCUGAAUUUUAAAUGCUGAAAACAAAAACAACAUGACUAACUACACCGGUAACCAUUUUACCCUGACGGACCAAGGAGAGGUGGCAAGCAUUCUUGUUGUCGUCGAGCUCUUCUGGAAUGUCCAGUCUGAAUGCUUAAAGAACAUACAGAAGGAGAAACCUGGACUUUGUCAGACUGCCCCGGUGUGUGUGUUGUCACAGGUACUCGUGCAAUAUUGGUGAAGUGUGCACUGUGGGGGUGUGCAUGCAGACACCUGGCUUGGGCAGAAGGCCUAUGCCCUGGGAAAGGGGAUGCAGAUUCUAAUUAGUUCGCUCGUACAACCAUUGUGUAUGUUUCUAGUCUCACAUGAGAUUUCGGGGCAUACUUUACAGAAGGAACUUGGACGCAAGUAUACCGUGUGCCAAACACUACCCUAAUUUUUCCAGUACUUUCCUGUUAGAAUUUGUAUUUAUGACAUCUUAUAAAAGCAGUUUCCUCUCCAACAGUGAGGUGAGGGGAUGUAAACAUCUGAAUGCUAGGGCCUGUCCCUCACAGGAUUCUCCCAGAAUCUUCUCCAUGGCUACUGUAAGCACAGUGAGCAUGUGCUGUUAUGUGGUUAGCUUGUGCCUGGUACACACAGCAGCCUGCAGCCACUCAGAAAACCCCAGAAGACCCGUGGAGUGUGUGCACACUAGCUUCUGGCUGCUGACAUGAGACCAAACUCUGAACUUCAAGGAUGAAGGGAACCAUCUUUGCAGAGUGAUGGUCUUUAGUCCUGAUCACAGAUUUUCUGAAGCCCUGCGACUCUAUGGCAUCCUUUUGUUUACAUUCUUAGUACAGCAUUUUACCAUUACUGCUUAAAUUUUUCUGUGGCCUUUGGUUUACAUGGCACCUUAUCAAGAAUGGCUGGUAGGAAGCAUCUGUAAAGAAAUGACCCAGUAUGUAAGUGAAGAUGGAAAACUUGAGAGUAGGACAUGAGCCUGCCAAAGAGAUAAUGUCAUGAAUUCUAUUAAAAACUCAUUAUCCUUAAUCAGUAAUUUUAUUUUUAAAGUAUCAAUAAUCUGUUUCCACAGUCCUGGUUUUCAUGUAUAUAAAAAUGAUAUUUCUUGGAA